AUCAAUCUAAAACAAAAAAUCUAACGCUCAUCUCAAAACACCUAAAAAAGUGUUUUGAGAUUCCCGUGGCUUUUAUUUCUCCCCAAAAACCAUCCUGAUCCCCUCUCUCUCCCUCAACCCUAACACCAUCGCCGCCCCUCCUGCGUGCCGCCCCGACCCGUCGCCAGCCUCCGACAGUCGAUCGCCACCCCGACCAGUCGUAAUCGCCGCCCCCGAAACCUUCGCCACGCCACCGACCCGUCGCCGCAGCCGUCUCGCGUCGCCGCUGCCGCCUCGUCGCUGGCUCCGGUCGCUCCGCUCCGCCUCUGACUCCUCCUCCAAUUUCGAUCAAGAUAUAGCAUUGGAUAUUGCUGAAUUUUUGACUGGAGCGUGUUCGUGUAUAUUGAAGCAAUGGCCAACCUUGCCGAUUCGUUCUUGGCUGAUCUUGAUGAACUGUCUGACAAUGAAGUGAAUCUUACUGACAAUGAGGAUGCUGAUGUAGCAGAAAUGGAAGAAGAUGGUGAUGGUGAUAUUGCGGAUAUUGAGGCUCUUAAUUAUGAUGAUCUUGAUAGUGUUUCGAAAUUGCAGAAGACACAACGCUAUAUUGAUAUUAUGCAGAAAGUGGAAGAUGCGCUCCAGAAAGGAUUGGAUGUAUCUGAAGCUGAUAAUUCAUCAGUUUUGGAGGAAGAUCCUGAGUAUCAGCUUAUUGUGGAUUGCAAUGCUUUAUCAGUUGAUAUUGAGAAUGAGAUUAUUAUAGUACACAACUUUAUACGUGACAACUAUCGCUUGAAGUUCCCUGAGCUUGAGUCUCUUGUUCAUCAUCCCAUUGAUUAUGCGCGGGUGGUUAAAAAAAUUGGAAACGAGAUGGAUCUAACACUUGUUGAUUUGGAGGGUCUUCUACCCUCAGCUAUUAUCAUGGUUGUAUCAGUUACAGCUUCAACUACAAGCGGCAAGCCUCUUUCAGAAGAAAACCUGAAAAAAACAAUUGAUGCGUGUGAUCGAGCUCUUGCUCUUGAUUUGGCAAAGAAGCAGGUACUUGAUUUUGUUGAGAGUAGGAUGGGACGUAUAGCCCCAAAUGUUUCUGCUAUUGUUGGCACUGAAAUUGCUGCAAAACUUAUGGGAACUGCUGGUGGUUUAUCAGCACUAGCAAAGAUGCCCGCUUGCAACGUUCAGGUCCUUGGAGCAAAGAAAAAGAAUCUUGCUGGAUUUUCUUCUGCAACCUCUCAGAUUCAUGUAGGUUUUCUUGAACAAUCUGAGAUUUAUCAGACCACUCCUCCUUCUCUCAAGAUGCGUGCUUGCCGACUGCUGGCUUCAAAAUCAACCCUAGCAGCAAGAGUAGAUUCAAUAAGAGGGGACCCAACUGGAAAAACUGGCAGGUUUCUGCUGGACGAAAUUCGUAAGAAGAUUGAGAAGUGGCAGGAGCCUCCCCCUGCAAAGCAACCGAAACCUCUUCCAGUUCCUGAUUCUGAGCCUAAAAAGAAGAGAGGUGGUCGUAGGCUCCGGAAAAAGAAAGAAAGAUAUGCAAUUACUGAUAUGAGGAAGCUGGCCAACCGAAUGCAAUUUGGAGUUCCAGAAGAGAGUUCCCUAGGUGAUGGUUUGGGCGAGGGGUAUGGAAUGCUUGGUCAGGCAGGAAGCGGAAAGUUGCGUGUCUCAGUUGUACAAAGUAAACUUGCUGCUAAAGCUGCUAAGAAGUUUAAGGAGAAGCAGUACGGAAGCAGUGGUGCUACCUCAGGACUGACAUCAAGCCUAGCAUUUACUCCUGUACAGGGAAUAGAACUGUCGAACCCCCAAGCCCAUGGGAAUGCUCUUGGUGGUGGAACCCAGAGCACCUACUUCUCUGAGGUUGGAACAUUCUCGAAGAUUAGGAGGACCUAAUAUGUGAACCCUUUCUUUCGUACGAGCAGCAACACAGUUUAUAUCGAGCUAUGCUAUAUAUGGUCAUGUCUUCUGUUGAGGUGAUUCUGAGCGAGUGCAAAUCCGUUAUAAGCUGUAGUGCUGUACUCUUAAUAUCCGAAUUCAGAAUCCUUAUAUAGAAAUACUUUGCACUCUUUUCUAUUAAAAUUUCCUUUGUGACUUUCAGGGUACAUAUGUCCGUCUGUUCCAUUUGAUGAUUUCUGGGUGUAAAAAACGUUUCCAUGAGCGUGUCAACAUC